AUGGCUGGGUCACGUCUGGAGAAGCGGGGUGACUCUGGAGAGCGAGACGGGGUGAUCUGGGGCCAAGAAGAACCAGGGAAAGGUGCAGAGCAACGUGAACCCAAGACCCAGGAAAAAGCUCAAGUGCAGAAGACGAGAGGGCUGCUCUCUCCACAGUCCCUGUUAACUCCAACCUUACUGCAGAACAUGACACUUCUGGAGCUGGUGAGCAGCUCACAGGAGCUAUGGGAUAUCCUGGACAACCUGUCCGAGCGGGACCAUGCUCCACACCCCAGAGGACAAAGGGACUUGGGGCCAGCCUCAGGCAAGCUUAAAAAAAUUUUUGGCUGGGGAGAUUUCUAUUCCAAUAUCAAGACGGUGAAGUUGAACCUCUUGAUCACCGGAAAGGUGGUUGAUCACGGCAACGGCACAGUCAACGUCUUCUUUCGACACAACUCUACUGGGCAGGGGAACAUCUCCGUCAGCCUCGUCCCCCCCACCAAGGCAGUGGAGUUUGACCUGGAGCAACAGAUCUUCAUCGAGGCCAAAGAAUCCAAAAUCUUCAACUGCCGGGUGGAGUACGAGAAAGUGGAUCGUGCCAAGAAGACCACGCUCUGCACUUACGACCCAUCUAAGACCUGCUACCACGAGCACACCCAAAGUCACGUCUCCUGGGUCUGCUCGAAGCCCUUCAAAGUCAUCUGCAUCUAUAUCACCUUCUACAGCAUAGACUACAGGCUGGUGCAGAAAGUGUGUCCCGACUACAACUAUCACAGCGACGUACCCUACUACCCCUCAGGAUGA